CUCCUUCUGGCUAGGCUCAACAGGGGACACUCUAGCCAUGGCUUUAUCCGUUCCGGGACGGGGGGCGCUCUAGCCGGAGACUCUGUGGCCAGGGAGGCCGGUUUUGCGGAGGCGAUGGAACUGGCGCUGGGGUUCGGGUUCGAAUUCGAGGAUUCGGUGUUUGCCCGGAGCAGGGACAGGGGCCGGGGCGGCGGCUGCGCGGCCUACACCGCCAAGCGCUGCGAGCCUCAGUGGUUUUGUGAGGAUGCAAACAGCGAGGACGAUGUUGAAAUUCUAACUGCCAAAAAAUUCAGAGGUGAUUUGGCAUACAGACAACAAGAGUUUCAGAAAGCCCUGUAUGAGUACUCGAGCUGCUUGCUGCUGUUACCUUCCAGUAACGUUGCAAUGAGAAGAGAUGUCCAAGAGGGCCAGGCUCGGUGUUUAGCUCACCUAGGAAGGCACAAGGAGGCUCUGGAUAUUGCAGAAGAACUGAGAAAUGGGGCAACUAACACAGAUCAUUUAACAACUGUCCUCAACCUGCAGUUUGCCAUUUAUUGUCGCCUGAAAAAUAUAGAGAAAAAGAUCACAUGCCUACAGCAACUGAUUUCCUUACAUCCUUUUAACCCAUGGAACUGGAAGCUACUUGCUGAGGCUUAUAUGAGCUUUUUACAGACUCUGCCUCCAUCAUUCAUUUCAGAAAUGAAACUUGUUCAAUGCAAAGAUUGUACUGCAAUUGACCAAGUUUUCCAAACCUCACCAGGACUGUUUGGAAAAGAAAUGAACCUUCAAUGUCACAAAACGCUCAGCGGGAGAGAAGACGUUUGGUCAACACUUUCUAUAAAAACAACCAGAGACAACUCAGUAUCUUACAGCGAUAGCCACAUGGUAGAGGGAUCCCUCCAUAUCACAGAAGAAUGUGAAACACGGGACAAAAUGAAACAUGCUACCUUUGAGUUCUGGGGACAGGAAGCAUUGAAAGAUGUUUGGAUAAAGGCAUGUGCCUCCUUUGUUAGAACAAGGCUUUUACUUCAGAUUACACAGUUGCAACAGUCAUCCUUUGCUCUGGAGAAGAAUUUAAAGGUUCAGCGGGAAACUGAAGACAAAGUAAAAGGUUUUGGUUUAAAGGAAGAAUCCUUGUUGUUGAUUACUGAGGUUAUGGGAGAGGAUCUCAUUCCAGAAAAACUGAAAGAGGAUGUUCAGGGAGAGAUAAAAUGUGUAGGCCCUUCAGCACUGACAUCCUUGGUAACUACAUCAGCUAUAGAAUUUGAAGGCAAAUGGUUCAAAAAGCUCCAAGACAGUUUGUCACUUUGACAGACAAUUCUUUCCAGAUAUAUAUAUUCCAGCAUAAGUAAUUUACAGGCUAUUGUUGUAUUUAUUUUUUUAUCUUCUCUACCUCUAAUGAUGACGGAAUAACUUUUAUGGAAUAAAGUUCAUAUUACUUUAUUUUUAAAGUAACGUGAUUGUAUAUCUUUUUAAAACAUUGGCUGCAUUUAUAAUCAUCAGUCUCCUUGCAUACUUGUUGGCUUUUUCUUUCUGUGCUACAGCAUUUCCAAUAGACGUAACAGAUCCAGUUUAAAACUGGGCCACGGCAAGUGACAUUCUCAGCCUUCAAAGGCAUAUUGCAACACUGAACAUCACAAAGUUUACUUUUUGGGCACACCUCACCUAGGAUUUCUUUGCAGCUCUGAAGUCCUUAGGGGAAUCUCACCACAAAUAUCUAGCCUGAAAUUUCUUCAGUAUUUGGUUUUAUCUUGCUGUAUUUAGAGCUGUGGAAUUAGCAGUUUCUUAUUUUAAACUCAGGUGGGUUUGUUUUUAAAAUUAGUAUUUCUUUAUAAGUAGAGAGAUUUCUACUAUUCAAAUUCAGAUAGCUGGGAACCUUAAUAUAUUAAGUUGUAUUCAGAAUAUUUUCAAUAAGGAGCAACUCUCUGACUUUCUAAAAAUGUAAUGCUAAAAUGUCCCUUCUGGUCUGCGCAGUGAGUCUCUCUUCAAGACUAAUGGGUUUUCUGUGCAAGUGUAGAACUCACUAUACAUCUCCACUUUUGCUUGUGCAGAGGGCUCAGAGUACUAAGUUUCUGAGGUUAUGCAUAUUGGAGAGAACUUAGUCUGAUAGUACCCUUUGUGAAAUUGUGCAAGAGAGAAAUGCAGUGUUGAUCCUACUGCAAACCAGUUCUCUCAUCUGUACAGUUUUUUCAUGUUAAACCUUGAGUUUAUAAUGAAUCCAGACACCUGUUUGCUGUAAGUUUUUAAAAGUAGUGAAAUUACAUGGUUUGGACUUGUUCUGUGCUUUGGAAAAGGCAGAGAUCUUUAUUUGGUUUUCUCUGAUCAACAUAGUUUGCAUUCCAGGCAACCAAGGUGUGCUCUUAAUUUUUUUUAAAAAUGUAUUCCCUACUCCUCUUCAAACAUUGAAUGUAUUCUGUUCUCAUUAAUUUUUCAUUAACUGUUACCAAAUCAAAAUAUACUCUUUCAGCAUAAUGAUUUUGUCAUCUUGUGGAUUUUCCUUAUCUUGUGCUUGCCUUUCUUUUCAAUGUACUAGAGAAUGCUGAAGCUUUUAAAAACAAAUUCACUGAACUGUAAUCCCACACUCAAAACCAUGCUUCUCUGGUAAUUUUAAAUGGAGUUCAGAACUUUAAAACAAU